AUGAAGUUGCUUACUGCUAAUUUUCUGACAUGUGCUGUCAAAGGCUGCAGAGCAGCUGCGUCGUCCUACCCACUGCAUUUCAAGGAUGCUGAACUCGAACUGCAAGAGGUCGACUUUCAGCCGGAAUUCAUACACAAUAUUAUCCCACGAAUUGAUUGGGAAGGUCUACGCGUAAUGGCCAAUGAGCUGGGUUUCCCUAAGAUUCCUGAUUCAAAGCCUGAAGGCGAUGCACUCAAUGAUGAGCAGACAAUGAGAGAUCUUCACAGACUGCUAUUAGAGACGCAUGUUGUGGAAGGAAGACUAUGCUGUGGCAACUGCGGUCAUGAGUAUAUGAUCAAGGAAGGAAUUGCUAAUUUCCUUCUGCCCAGCCAUCUCGGUAAGACAAAAAAUUCCAUCGUGGAAAUCCAGGUCUAUGCUGACGGCUUUGCGCUAUAGUUUAAUUCUUCUUUCAUGAUUCUUCAUGCGCUGGUGCUAUGAUCAGACUGUUGUUUGAUACCCCGUCUGUAUUUGACUGAGCACUUUCCUUGCUGCUUCGCCGAAGAAAGCCCCGCCCUAGCCCUUUCUUCAAUAGAUUAUGGUUGUUAACAUAUGCCGCCUGGGAUGGCAUUUGCUUCACAGCUGGUGGGAUUGAACAAGGCAUUAACCACAUGUCGAGCAUAGACGCCAUCAUAAUGGACACGGCACUACAUCCUCGAUAAGAGCUCUCGGCCUUCGCAAUGUACCAGAUUGUUUGACCCCAUCAUAUUAAAGCUACUUUGUUGUCUAUAUGA